CAAUUUUGAGCGGAAGCUAGCCAGUUCACGACAUAGAGAAAAGCAGCCAGCGGGGAUGGUUAGAUUGUUUGAAAAAAGCUAUUAAUAUUGUAAACAAGUUAGAUAAAUAUUUCACUGUUUUGACUGUCGACGGAUUCACCUUAGACCAUGUCCGCCCAGGCUCAAAUGAGAGCUCUGCUCGACCAGCUGAUGGGAACAGCGAGGGAUGGUGAUGAGACGCGGCAGAGGGUCAAGUUCACCGAUGAUCGAGUCUGCAAAAGCCAUCUUCUCAACUGCUGUCCGCAUGAUAUCCUGUCUGGAACCCGUAUGGACCUGGGAGAAUGCACAAAGAUCCAUGACCUGGCACUCCGGGCAGAUUAUGAAAUAGCCUCCAAGGAGAGAGAUCUGUUCUUUGAACUUGAUGCCGUGGAUCACUUGGAGACCUUCAUUGCCGACUGCGACCGACGGACAGAGUUGGCGAAGAAGCGGCUGGCUGAGACUCAGGAAGAGAUCAGUGCAGAGGUUGCAGCAAAGGCGGAGAAAGUCCAUGAGCUGAAUGAGGAGAUCGGGAAGCUUCUGGCCAAGGCUGAGCAGCUCGGAGCGGAGGGGAACGUGGACGAGGCUCAGAAGGUUCUGCAGGAAGUGGAGAAAGUUCGAACCAGGAAAAAGGAUGCAGAGGAAGAAUACAGAAACUCCAUGCCAGCCUCCAGCUUUCAGCAACAGAAACUUCGUGUUUGUGAGGUUUGCUCCGCCUACUUGGGUCUCCAUGACAACGACCGCCGCUUGGCUGACCAUUUUGGUGGGAAGCUUCACCUGGGCUUCAUCCAAAUCAGAGAGAAACUGGACCAGCUAAAGAAAACAGUGGUUGAGAAGCAAGAGAAAAGGAACCAGGAGCGCCUAAAGAGGAGAGAGGAGAGAGAAAAGGAGGAAAGGAUGCGAAAAAGGACCAGGUCCCGCAGCAGAGAGCAUAGAAGGUCCCGUUCACGUGACCGCAGGAGGAGGCGCUCCCGCUCCUCGUCGCGGGACCGGCGCCGUUCCCGCUCUCGCUCCAAGGACAGAAAGAGGCGGCAUCGCAGCAGAUCCCGGUCCCGCAGCAGAGGGCAUCGUCACAGCCAUGAGCAGAGCUCCAGACAUAAGUCAUCCAGGGACCGCGAGCGCUCGUCUCGAGAUCGUUCUCGAGACAAGAGGGACAGCAUGAACGGCAGGUCGGACUCCCGUCGAGGGGAAGACAGGGACACAGGGGACUUCUGAAGACCAAACAGCAUCUGCUAUGACACACAGCCUCCUCCUCCUGUCUCUCACCUCUUGGUCCCUUAUGUUUGUUUUUUUUGUUAAACAUAGUAGUUGCCUU